CUGGUUGCUUCCGGUAAGACCUUUCCAUAAAGAAGAAUUAGUGAUUCGAAUGGGCAGAAGUAGCAGAGUUUAUUUGUUUAUCCUUACUCCAAAUGAUCAUUUCUGUGAAUAGUUUAUAAUUUAUGCUCAAGUAGAAUUUUGAAACAGUUUUUGUCUAUUCUGGUGAUUUCUAAAGGAGUUUUAGUGAAAGCUGCGCGGCCUCCCGGGUUAUAUCCAGCAUGAGUUUCGGCAGGGCCCCGCCGGACAUCGACGGCAUGACUUCCCUCAAAGUGGACAACCUGACCUACAGAACUUCCCCCGAAACCCUCAGAUACGUGUUCGAGAAGUACGGCCGGGUCGGGGACAUCUACAUCCCGCGGGACCGCUACACAAAGGAGAGCCGGGGCUUCGCGUUCGUUCGUUUCCACGACAAACGGGACGCUGAAGACGCGAUGGACGCCAUGGACGGAGCGCUCCUGGACGGGCGCGAACUCCGGGUCCAGAUGGCGCGAUACGGUCGACCUCCCGACUCCCAUCACGGUGGACGAAGAGGAGGAUCGUCGGGCCGGAGGUACAGCGGGUCCGGACGCAGGAGCAGAAGCCAUUCUUGCAGUCCAAGGCGAAGAAGAAGAAGCCGAUCCCGCAGCAGGAGCCGCUCUCGUUCCAGAAGCAGGUCCCGCUACAGCAGAUCCAAAUCCAGAUCCGACUCCAGAUCCAAAUCCCGCUCGCCCAGAAACAAGAAGUCCAAGGUACAUUCUCCCUCAAGAUCUCGAUCCAGGUCCCGCUCCAAGCCGAGGUCCAGGUCUGGAAGUCGCAGCCCUUCUUCCAAAAAAGGCUCCAGGUCGAGAUCUAAAAGUCCGCCGAAGCAGACGGAGGAUUGAAAGAAGUCUCUAGAAACGGACUCCUCUUGGAAAGUUUUGGUUGAAGACGUGAGUUUCCGGAGCGGCUCUCAGCGUUCAUCUGUCAAAGGUUGCUGUUUUUUGUGCUUCAGUCUUUUCCUUAAAAAACAGUUUAACUUUUACUUUUAUAGAUGGAUUUGUUUGGUAGGUUUUUUCUUCAAUUUGAGAACACAUUUUAGAAAACAUUGAUGGAAACUCAGCAGAUUCAAAUAAAGACUUUAGUUUACUUUAUAUAUUCUGAAUCUGUUUAGAAAAUGAAUAAAAGGAUAAAUUGCUUUUAAACUGAAUUUCUUUAGUUUGAUUUGCUGUGAAAGUUGGUUGGAAAAACGAGUUGAAGCAGAUUUUUGUUGGAUUAGGCUGCUGAGUGUCUGUUUUUCUUUCAUUCUAACUGUGCUUGUGUUUGUUUUUUGUGCACUAGGCGCAGUUGUGUAGCUGUUGAGUUUUGCGGGUUAGCUGUUAAGGUGCCAUGUUGCUGUGCUGGGGGCUUGGAUGUUUCCAGUUUUCUCCAGAAAGCUCCUGUGACUGCGCUGCUACGGCCGCUACAGUCUGUCCGGUUGCACAGUGAGAAAUGGAGGUUUUGACUGACAAAUGUGACUUUCAAUAAAGAUUUGUUGUUUUGUCUGAAA